GCGGUGACGUCGGUGUCUCGCUCUCUCGGCUCUCGCGGCGCGGACGGCACCGUUUCGCCGCUCAGUACGCCACAGGACACCAGAACAUCGGCACGUCGCCGGCCUCGUUCAUCGCAGAGCACCACCACCGCCACCAGCACCGCCACCGCCGCCAAACAAGCACACGCCGUCCUCACACAGCCGUCACGUCACCACACCUCCCGGUCCUCGUCCUCACCCACACACACACACACACACACACACACACACACACUCCCGCGCCACCGGAACCGCCACCGCCGUAAUCACUGACUCCGCGCGAUACGAUCCAGUCAAACACACCGCUCGGCAACAUACUCCACCACCACCUGCGAACGCGUCCGGAGGCAGUCCGGCGACGUGUCAACAUUGAAUCAUCACACAAACACCGGAGAAUACGGACUAGCUGUUAUUAAUUUAUAGAUGGACCUGAUGAAAAUCAGCGUCGUAUUGUACAUCUCACUCAUAUUAAUACUCAAUAAGUAUUCGGAUUGUACCACUCAUCCAAGGGUCAAAAUGUAUGGUCCUAAAGUAACAGUCAUAGAUCGUCGGAAACCUGAGCCGAAAAUUGGACAAGACGUAAUGAAUGAGGUGAAAAUUAUUUCACAACCCGAAGAUUUUUUGGACGAACCCAGCUGCCUCGAAUUGCGCCUAAUGUGGCGCACAUAUCAGCGUCAAAUUCAGAUGACACAGUCAGCCAACAAUUUACCGCUGACUUUCGAUCCGUUUACAUUUAAUACGUGGGAAGAUUACAUUAAGCCAAGAUAUAUAAACAGACAGAAAUCAAUGAUGUUUGAAAGAACCAUUCCAGACAGAUUUCAUAUUUACAGGCAACUCAGACCGUUUGAAAAAAUCGCUAGGCUGACCACUACAACGAGAGCUAUCAUGGACGAUCAGUUAACGAGAAAAGCAAAUUUAUUUCGUCUGGGUUAUCAUCCCUUAACUAAAAUACCAGUAAUCGCCAUGCGCCUGACGGCCAAAGACAGAUUUCAAGAACUAAAAGAACUGAUGCGCCACGAGAAAUCGAACAAUUACCCAACGGGAGACAACGAAGACGAACAGUUUUCCGUCGUACCGAUCACCGCGGCGUCCGUCACUUCCAAUGGCACUGCAGGCAAAAAACGACCAGGCUACGAGUCGUUGAUGUCGCGACCCAGGCACUUUUCACAAGGGCACUAUAUGAACGUGAAACCAAACGGCGAAGAGAUCGAAAAUACUGCGACAGUUACACCUCAGUAUAAAUCUUCGCCACUUAUCAGACCAUGGAAUUCUAGAUGGUAAAUGUCAUAAAGACAAUAUUGCGUCGACAGUAAAGCCCAGAACACCUAGGUACACAAUAUUAUGUUCAUAUAUAUUCAAAGCAAAUCCUACGUCCAUUCACAGAAACUUACCAUUUGUCUUCCUUCCGACGAUGAAUUACCUGAUCUGUUGCGCUUGUUCUUGUAUAAAACAAGAUUAAGGUAAGCAUAUAGACACACUUAUUCUUCAUCAUAAUAUUAUAUUGAUUAUAUUUUUAACUAACGACUAAUUUAAUUCAUUUUUUUUUUUGUGUAAAUUAUUAUCAAUUUUGAAUGCCUGUUAAAGUCGUGUUAUAAGCGUAUUAUACGCCUUCACGUAAUUAAAUAAACGCAUAUACUUAAUAGUAAGUUGAAUUGUGAUUAAAAACAUAGUUUAAUGUAUAAAUAGAACAGCAUUAUAUAUAAAUAUAUAUUAUAGAGUUAAGAUAAUAUUAUAUACUUACACACAACUACGACCAAAAUUUAAUGUUAAGAUCGUAAAGCGUUAAACUUACUUGGUAUUUUAAUGUUUUUAUUUUGUCUGACGUUGAUAAUUAUAGUUAAAACUUAUUACCUGUGAACAAUUCCGAGGGUCUUUCGUAAGCUAUUUGGUUAGAUAAAUAAUUUUUAAUUACAUUUCAAAACAGAGAUGUGUACAAUGUUCUAUACUAAUCGACUGUUUUAGAAAUUUAUCAAUACAUUUCACGAGUAGAAAAAGUGGUAGUAGAUUCACAGAGAUUAUUCUGCAAUACGUUCUUUAUUUAUUAUAACUAAAUAAAAUAUAAAAUCUAUAAGAUACAAUGCAAACGAUUUGAUUAAUACUUUUACAGUUCGUUUUAUUAUUUUAACAACUCAUACGUUAUAUUGAAACUUUUGUAAAAUGGAGUCUGAAUAAUCAUAAAUAGAUAAUAAAUAUAAUGAUUCAAAAAUCUAAGAAAAUAUACAACUAAGCCAUAUUUAAGGAAUGUACGCCCACGGUCAACAUUAAUUCGCCGCAUGUUUCUAUAGAGUUAUGACUUUAAAAUUUAAAUUCUAUCAAAUACGUUUUAUUCAAAUAACAUUAAAUCAUAAUAUAUAAAUAUUUUCACACAGCUUUAAUUGGUGUUUUCAUCAUUACUCUCUUGUAGAUACUAAAACAUACGUAUACCUGCAAGUUUUUGAAAAAAAAAUGCAUUAUUAUAUACUACUCAUACACAAUAGUUAAAUAAUUUAAUCAUUCAUGUUACAAAUUUGUUUUUAAUUAUAAAUCAUGAAGAAUGUUCAGUGAAAUAGUUUUUAACAGAAAAACAAAUUUUUUUUUUUAACAACGGAUUUAUUUUAGUUUACGCUAAUCGGUAUUUGACACUCAAAUUACGAAAAAAUAUUAUUUUAUCAUAAUAUCCAAACGAUAUCGUAUAUAAAAACGUAAAAUAUUAAAGAAUUUAAAAUUUCAACAUUUUUAAUUAAAAUAUUCAAAUUAAUUAAAACAUAAUACUUUGGUAUCAUAAAAAUGGCAGUGAAGCUUUUUCUGGCAAAACGAUUCGCAAUAUGGUAUAUGAUAACUACCAACGAUCGCACGUAAUAACAUGCAUGAUGUAAUGUGAUAUUUCAACAUCUUUAUUUUUAUUACAAUCAGGGUUCGGUAGUAAUUGCUAAAAAUAUAGUUAAAAUACCAGUUUAAAUAGUUCUCAAAAGGUAUUAUGCUCGCCGCUAAGACGUAUAAGAAUAAGACCGAAAAUUUCUCAAGUCAACCAUACCUUUUUAAUUAAUUACUAAAUGUUUAACAGAUUAAACAUAAAACGUUAUGUUCAUUAAUGUUCAAAGCCGAUUACGUGAAAAAUUGUCUUAUUAAUUGGAAUUUGGAUAGUAUAAAUAUUAAUAUUAAUUAUUUUUAAUUCUCUAAAAACUGUUAAAGUUCGAUAUAAUAUUUUAACAAAUGUUAUAUUAAAAGAACUUUAAUAAAUAGCUAAGCUAAAGUUUAGACUUUUAAUAUUUAAUACCUGAUACAGGGCGUUUAAACGUUUUAAUUUAUAAUGUUUAAUAAACCAAUGAAAGGUCUAAUUAUUUCAAUUUUACAAUUUAUCCAUAAACUACAUUAGUAAAUAUAAUAAGACAUUAUAAACUUGUAGUAAAAUUUAUAAAAUAUACAAAUACCACCAAAAUAACAUUUUCUAUAUAAUCGAAAAUUAAUAAGUUUUGCUUCCAAUAUUUAUUUAAUUUAGAUUUCAGGCAUUGAAUUAAAUCGGGUAUUGAAAGUGGAACCUACAAUUGGUUAAUUGACAAAAUAGGUCAAUUUAAGUUAAUGCUUAAUACGAAUAAUUUCUUAAAACUUUAUUUAAAAACUAUGUGCCUAUUUAAUUUAUAGGAUAUUAUAUCUAAAUUCCUUAGAACAUAAUUUCAACUCAUAAAAUAUUAUAAUAAUAUUACUAUUGCUAUGAAUAUUUUUUCCUAUAAAAUAUGCCUACUUAAAAUAAAAAAAAAAAUACUAAAAAGCAUAAUAAAUUAUACAUUUUAAUAAUAUAAUUAUUAAAAAAAACUAACUUGAAUAAAUCACAACAAAUAGAUUUUAUUGUUUAGAGUUAAGAAUUAUUCGAGUUUUGAUUCCGAUAUUUUGAAAAUUCUUUAUUCGCGAUAGAUAAUGCAUGGGUUGGGGGUUAAGACUUUAUAGGGGGUAAAAUGCAGGUGUAAAGCACUACUUGAAAUUGUGCUUAGAAGUGGUAGCGUAGUAUACUCAGUUUAUGUCUAUGUUUUAGUUGUAAUGCAUUAAAUAUUAUGGAAAUUCAAUCGCCUUAAACCCUGUUUAUAACAAUUUACAUGUCAUUACGUCGUAAAAUCAAAAGUCGACACAUUUUUACAAACAUGCUUUUUCAGACUUCAUUUUACGAAAUCGUCAUCAUGAAAAUAAUAAUAUCAUCGAUAUGCGUCAUAUUUUUUUUCAAUAAAUAUUUCGUAUCGUUCGUAUUCUGUCACUUCUAAACUCAACAUUUAACGCUCGUCUUAAUAAAAUGUGUACAGUUCCAGAAAGUGUACACUCUUUCUUCUUAUAUUGAUAUAGAUAAAAUGUGUAACGGAUUAACCGACAAGACAUUUUGAUAAAUAUUCAAUAAAAUAAAUUAUGGUUGUGUUAUUAACAAUAUAUUAUUAAUAUUAAUAUUACAAUUAUUAUAAUUGUAUUAGUUUAUUACCACUAUUCUAAACACUUGAUAAGUUUAUCAAAGUUUAUCAAAUAUCUAUAUGGACAUGAUAUUUAAUAUACAACUAAAACUAUUUCUACGGUUUCUUGCUAGUUUAAUUUAUUAUUGCUCAAGAGAGAUUUUAGUAUUACAAAAAUUUAACUAUUAUAGAAUAACCAAAUAUACGUAAUAUAAAAAGGUAAUACAUUUAAUUUAUAUUAUAAAAUAUGAUGCUUUCGGGUAUCUAGAAUAUAGUGUAUAGAAACAUAAUAAUUAUACCUAAGAAUAUUAUAUAUUGGAUUAAUGUUUGUGUUGAUUAUUUUGCAUUACUUUUUAUUUUGUAAUAAUUAUUAUUACCGUUUUAAAGGCUAUUCACCUUGUCUGUCGACAAGGGGCCUUAACAACAAAGACAGAAAAGUGAGACUGAAUUCCCGCAAAGCGGGAAUUCGGAUAUUAGUUUAAGUUAGGCUGAUGUGUGAAAAUAUAUGUAAGGUAUCAUUAAGAAUUAAGUUUAGAUUAAAAUUAAAAUUAAUAUACUGCUAUAAUAUAGAAUAACUUUUAAGUGUUUUAUUAUUAUUAUUAUUAUUAUUAUUAUCAUUGAUACAAAUCAUCAUAAAAAAAAAUAAUAAAAAGCGAAAAUAUUUUAUCACAAAAAUAUUGUUAGUUUAACGAAAAAAAUUAAAAAAAAUAAACCGUAAACUCUAGUAAAAGCGUUAUAAAAGUUUCUCGUUGAUGAUUUGGAUAAAUAUUUCAGUUAAUAAGUAUAGGUACCUACAAAUACUGAAAUACUUACAUUUAGUUGAUACAAUGAUAUUAUGUAUAUUAAAUAGGUUUUAAGUAAAUAUAGAUCUUAUAAUUAUAAUCAUAUUUUAUAACAUUCUUAUUAUUAUAAAACACGUUUUUCUAUAAUUUUCACGAAAAAUAAUGCAUUUACAUUUUAUUUAAAGUAGAUUUUGACUUAUUUUAUUUUUACGUCUGUUCUCCUAAACCACAGUGAUAACAUAAAUAAAAUACAUAUUUUAAAUUAUCUUACUUUAUUCUAAAUAAACUUUAAAUUAAAAACAUAAUUAUUAUUAUUGUUAUACGGAAAUCAAUAUAUAUAUCUAAUAUAUCUAUUAAGUAACAUGAUGAUAUUUAGAAUAAAAACUUAAUUUAAAAUUACUUAUUGAAAUUUAAAUUUAUUUACAUACGUUAGUAAUGUGGUUUGAAAGUUACCAUUUUUAUCUAUCAUCUCAAGCAUGAUGCUGAAUGAUAUUAUACGUUAUUUGAUUUUGAAAUUUUAAAAAUAAUACUUAUAAUAGUUACUCUAUUAACAACGUGUAUUUAUCUAUUAGAAAUAUAUUUCAUAAAUUCGUAUUAUUAUUAUAAUUGGUACGUAAACAAAUAUUUUAAAUUAUUGACUAUAGGAGUGGAAAUUUCUAGAUUAAAUAAUCUUAAACAAUUUAAUCACAACUAUUUUAUGAAACUUUUAAAAAGCAAUUCGAUAAUUCGUUACACUUUAUUUCUUCCACUAUUAAUUGUUUAAUAAUACAAUUUAAAAGCAUGCUAAUAUAAUAAUACUUAAAAACUGUUUCAUAAAAUAUCUAAAAUUGCGUUUAU